AUGACGCCGGGACCUGUACCAAAAUCGGCAGCAGGCGUUCGGGCAACGCGCGCCGAUCGGAGCCCGAACGAUGAACGGGUUCGGCCGACAAAAGAGCUUUUGGCCAAGGCUGGCAUCGCUUCGGAUCUGGCUCCGAAUGGCAACAAGGUUCACCGGCUCGCUCGCUCUGCUUCUGCGCUACUGUCAUCCGCUGCCUGCGCUGGCUUUCUCAUGGACACCGAGUGGCGGACCCCCAAAGCCGCGCUCUCUCGGCGUCCGGGUCGCCGUCGAUCCUCCGCCACGCCGUUGCCAGGCCGGCCGCCGCACCCCAUCCCGUUCAAUCCACCCGACAUCCGCGGUGGUGAGGGCAGCGCUGCACCGUCGGCUUCUGCUGGGCGAGCACCUCUUUUCUCCGUCUCGCAUCCCGAUCAGGAACUCUCGCUCGGUCUUACCGCCGCCCAGACGAGCACCCCUCGACUCGCUCUCGUCACUCGACCACCUCCCACCGUCACGCUCUCACACGCGCUAGCACAUUGA